AUGAAUACUCUACCAAUUGAGAUCUUUCAAACAAUUGUUGAUGAUUUAUCUUUAACAGAUUGGAAAUGUUUACGUUUAACAUGUCGAUUAUUUUAUAUUCGUUUAUCAUCAUUGAAAUCCUACUCUCGGACUAAGUCAAUUCUAUUGAAACCACAGCCUGAAUUUUUUAAUGUAUUAUUAGAAAAAGUACCAGUUAAUGAUAUUGAACAUUUAUCACUAUUUCGUUACAAUUAUGAAGAAUUAUGUCUACAACUUAAUACCUCGCCGUAUUUUAAACAUUGUUUGAAAAAUUUGCAAACAUUAUCAUUUUCUCAGUCUAUGAGAUUAAUUGAUUCAUUUUUAUUUAGUCAAAUUUUAAAUUAUUGUGAAAAUUUAGUUACAUUAGAUUUAAGUUUAUGUAAAUAUUUUUUUCUUACUGAAAAUUUUCUCACACAUUCACAACAACUUUAUUCAACGGUAAAAAAUUUAAAUUUAAACGGUAAUUCAAUGAUGUCUGACUAUUAUUUCAAUCAAUUAACUCACGUAUUUCCAAAUUUGGAAUCACUUCAUUUACUAGGAAUACAUAUUCGAUCUUCAACAUUAUUAAGAUCAUCUACAAAUAGUCGUACAAUAUUUUCAUUUGAAAAUUUAUCAAAUUAUUUUUUAAAACAGUCUCAGUUACACACAGUGUCAUUAACAUUUGAACACACAUUAUUAUGUGAUGAUCGAAUUUGUCAUCUAUUAUUUUAUCAACAAAUAGAAUAUGCAUUAAAAUAUUUACAUCUCGAUGGUUUUAUUUCAGUUCAAACACUUACAAAGAUUUUAUUUCAUUUAGGAAAUAGUUUAGAAACAAUAAUUAUUAAUCAUUUACAAUUACCAGAAUGUUAUGCAUCUUUAUUCGAUUCUCUGUGUGAAUAUGGAAAAAAUUUGAAAACAAUUCGUCUAGAUAUUAAACCAGCAGUGGAAAUGAGAUAUGUACUAUCAAGUAAGAUUAUUGUUGAAUAACAUAACAGUAAUGAGUUCGACAUGUUUCACUUACUCGAGUUUGAAAUAUAGAAAGAUUUUUUAUAAGUUCUAAUUAUACUAAUUGACUAAAACUGAAAGUGAUAUCUGUUUGAUUUUUAGUUUAGUUCUCCGUGCGAUUUAAAAGAAUGUUUUGUCAACAAAAAAAAUAUACAUUGAAGGAUAACAUCGAGUCGUUGCACAACUUCGUUCAUUGUGCAGAAUAUAGAAAAGAACAGCAAAAUUGAUUUUUGCAGUUCGUCUGCAAAGAUCAAGUUCGUGUGUUCGGUUCUAGCUUCGUGUAAGGAUUAAUUUUGUGUUUUUGAUAGUUUAAGUUCUCAGAAUAAUAUAAUGGGAAUUUAUAUUCUCGAUUUCGUUCUGGUUCAAGAUUAAACCUUAAACCAAAAGGUGACUAUAAGUUAUAUUGACCCCAAAACGGGAUAUAUAUGAGCUUAUAGAGAAAGACUUUCUCUAUCCAGUAGUAUAUAUAUAUUGUCGAAUCCUAAUGUGCACCGUCAGAGAAAAUCAAACGUAACUCCUCUUUUUUUUAGACUUUUUUAGGAAUUUAUUUUAUCAUUGAGUUUAAUAUUGUGCAUUAUAGAGUAAAGUGUCCUCUGCAAAAUAAGACCACCCACAACUCUCCAAGGCCUUUUAUUGAGAAGAUACGAACUUUUUAAAGUUUGUUACUUUACGCUGAAAAAACCCUAUUUUUUUACUUUCGAACCUUUUUUCUCUUCCAUUCAGUACUUGAUAAACUUUUCAAACAGUCACUCUUGCAGAGUAAAGAUUUCUCUACAAAAUGAGAUGUCUCCCAGCUCCCCAUCAUGUUUUCUGAUAGAGUUAUAAUCAUGUGAUUUUUGCAAAGGCUUCUAGCAAAAUGAUCAUAACUCUAUCAGAAAACAUGAUGGGGAGCUGGGAGCCAUCUCAUUUUGUAGAGAAAUCUUUACUCUGCAUGAGUGAGG